AAAAUUAAACAGAAAAAAAAAAAAAAAAAGAAUGGAAGACCCCUCUUGGUGUAUAUAAAUGCCAUCCCUCUGCUCAUAGAAAUCAUACUCUUUUCUUCACUAAUAUUCUCUCCCUCUCAAUAGAUCUGAAUUCAGAUGGUCUCAGAAAAAGCACAAGUGUCCCGUGAAGUUUUUCCUUACCUUCGGGUGUACAAAGAUGGGACCAUCGAGCGAUUUGCUGGUACAGAAGUUGUUCCUGCAGGUUUGGAUCCUGCAACUGGUGUUUUGUCCAAAGACAUUCUUAUCAUACCAGAAACUCGUGUCUCGGCUAGGCUCUACCGUCCCAGUUCAACAAAAGCUGGCCAAAAGCUUCCUCUUGUUAUCUACUAUCAUGGUGGUGGCUUCUUCAUAUCAUCCACUGCUGACCCCAAGUACCAUCAUUCUCUCAACAAGCUAGUGGCCGAGGCAAACAUCGUUGUUGUCUCGGUUGACUACAGGUUAGCCCCAGAGAACCCUCUUCCGGCAGCAUAUGAGGACUCCUGGGCUGCACUUCACUGGGUGGCUGCCCAUGCUAGUGGAGAUGAUAGGCAGGAGGCAUGGCUCAAGGAUUAUGUUGACUUUGAACGGGUGUUCUUGGGAGGAGACAGCUGCGGUGCUAAUAUGGCUCAUCAUUUGGCCUUGAAGCUCAAGGGAUCAGAACUGGGUAGAGAACUGAAGAUUCAAGGCAUUGCUAUGAUCCAUCCUUACUUCUGGGGAAAAGAUCCGGUUGGAGUAGAAAAGACUGAUCAUGUGAGGAGAUCAUUGGUGGAUAACUGGUGGACGUUCAUCUGCCCAUCCCAGAAAGGAUGUGAUGAUCUACUCAUUAACCCAUUUACCGAUGGAUCUCCUAGUCUUGAAGGGUUGGCUUGCAACAGGGUGCUAGUUAUUGUCGCAGAGAAUGACAUACUGAGGGAGAGAGGAAAGCUUUAUUAUGAAAAAUUAGUGCGCAGCGGAUGGAAAGGAACUGCAGAGCUUAUGGAGAACAAAGGGGAGGAUCACGUCUUCCAUAUCUUUGAUCCCAAUACAGAGAAUGCUAAGAGCAUGUUCAGAGGUCUUGCUUCUUUCAUAAACAAAGCAUGACAUUGAUUUGAUAGAGAGUUUUCGAUUUGAAGUUGGAUGUUUCUUUCAAAUGUCAUUUCAUGUGGAAAAAUAAAAGAAAUCGAAUCAAAAGAUUUCAAUUGCUAA